AUAAAAUCGGCGGUAGCCGUUCCUUGGGAACUGCCAGUGGACGAAUGUACUUCGCUAUUCGCUGUUUAACGCAGGCAGGACCAAGCUAUGUGGAAUUGCCCGCUCUUUUAUCUCUACGAAGACUAUGGGUGUCAUAGCCCUCUGAUGUGUAUCCCGGUAUUUUAAAAACGAUUCAGCUCCACCGAGCUGAAAAGUGUUUUGCUUGGCUAUUACACGCGUUAACCAUUCACCUUCUGCGUUUUUCUUCUCUCUUCGUCAGUCAUAACUGAUUCAGUUUGGAUCACACGCUGCUCUAGGAAAAAAAAAUAAAGUUUCGUCUAGGAAAAAUUGCCAAGGCAACACGCGAUUCAUCGUGCUGUCUUCAACAACCUUUAUCCGCCCUGACGUGAUUCGCCCGGUUUGCCCGCCACAGGACGGGUUAUGUUUCCCACUUUCAUCGGAAUCCUAGACAUUCAAUCGUGGUGGGAGGUGCCAAGUAUAGCACACUUCUGCUCAUUAUUUAGGGCUGCCUUCAAUCUCCUGGACUUUGAUAUUGAGGAUUUAGAAGAAGCUUUGUUAACGGAUGGUGGAACCGAGGGACGUUUAGUACAGGAGCUAAUAGUCAGGUUACUUGAAGGUUGUUUACCAAAUGACACGCGCAAUGACAUCUCAACCUUUAACUAUCAGAUGUUUCUUCGUAGACUUUUUAGAAAGAAAUGUCAGGAAUACAAAUGUGAAAAUCCUUUUAAUACAGAUGUAGAUUUUGAGUUACUACCACUCCGUCAAAAAGUAGAAAUUUUACGUGCUCUCUGCGACUUUCGGCUUGACGCUGAAGACGUGGAGCAAUCAUUAGGUAAUUUGGACUCGGAUAGCCUGCGAGUCGAACCUUUAGGACAUGAUCGUAAGAAUUCUGCCUAUUGGUACUUUUACGGCACUCGAUUAUAUAGGGAGGACUACAUUGAUACUUCUAACAGCAUCUCGCACAAACAGAAAAGUAAGCCUAGGGAUAAAAAGCGUAAAAGACGACGAAACAGAGUGGCGAAGGAGGAAGAGGAAGAGGAGGAGAAGAAGGAGGACAGUUUAAUACACGGGAAAGCAAAAGAAAGUGUUUGGCAGGUUGUCUGCUUUACUCAGCAGGACUGGAGCCGUCUAGUUGAAAAAUUUCGUGAUUCGGAGUACGAUACCGAACGUAAACUUUACCGUACUCUGUCCGAGGAUUUCAUGCCUGAAAUCCCGAAACUUUUUGAUUUAAAAGAAAAACAGCAAAGGCGCAAAUUGUUACAACGUAAUAGUUCGCGUGUACUUCGAAGUCACGAACCAACGACACAGAUGGAAACAGUCAUGGUUAGAUCGAAGAUCAAAACUAAAACAAACAAAGGGAGUAAAAAAGGGACUCAGAAUUCAAAGAAUGUUUAUGUUAAAGAGGAGACACCUCCACCCUUACCUUCACCGCCGAUUCAAAAAAAAGGACGGCAAACUAAUAAUUCGUUGGCUUCAGCUGUUGGUCAAAUUGUGAUUCACACUAGGGACGAAGUGGAGGGAUUAGAAAAAAAGAAAGGCAUUGGAAGUAAUAGCGAUGGAAAUUAUGUAUCUUCUAAUUACGGAUAUAAAUACGGUUAUUCAUUUGGAAUCGAAGAAGAAGAACGUCGUGUUGGAAUGCACAAAGUCCUUGAAAGUCUCAAAGAUCAUGUGGAUGCUUGGCCAUUCAUUGACCCUGUGGAUGAAGAAUAUGCCCCAAGGUACUAUAGCGUGGUGCGAAAACCCAUGGACCUUAGUACAAUGGAGGAGAAACUUGAAAAUGGUUUAUACAAAAGUUUAAGUGAAUUCAAACGUGAUUUUCGACUUAUAGUAGAUAAUUGUAGGCAAUAUAAUGGCUCUGAUAAUGAGUACACAGAAAUGGCAUUUAACCUUAAGGAAGCAUUUGACAAAGCAGUGGGACGUUACCUAGAAUCGGAAACAUCUAGCGACGAGGAUCCUUCGUCACCGAAGUCGUUUCUUGCUACUCCCGCAUCUCCGUCGUGUCCUUCUCGCAUUUCGUCUCCUCAUCAGAAUAGAAAACGUUCGAAAAAAUCUACGAAAAAAUCGAAAUCAUAUAAAUCUGAAAGCAAAGGAAAAUCUAAAGCGAAUGAUAAGAACGACGAAGAAGAAAAACGGGGCAAAAAUUAUAAACUUCCGAAGAAAAAAAGAGGUAAGAAGAAGAGUAAAAGAGCAAAGGACGAAGAAUCAGUAAACGAAGAAGAACAAGAAGAGCAAGAAAGCGAGGAUGCAAUGUCUGAAUCGAGUGUCAUAACAGCAAAAAGAAGGAAACACGUUGACGAAAAUAAUUUAUUGUUAAAAACCAAAAAGCUAACAUCCAAAGAAUCAGAGGAGUUUAAGAAGAUAGAUAAAAAAGUUAAUAAAGAACGUCAUCAACAAAAAAAGGAAGCGGAAAAUGUGCGGCCGAUGAAAGAAUCGAAAGAGAAUAAGAAGCGAAAAGAAGACUUCGAAGAAGAUUAUGAGCCCCUAGUCGUCGUAAAAAGUAAAAAUAGGAAAAUCGAGAAGAAGGAACUCGAGGAGACGGAAGUAUUUACAGAUAACGCGAAGAAGAACAAAUUGAAGAAAACCGAAUCUCACGAAAAUGAACCAUUACCGGAGAAUAAAGAGAAAACGCAGCAUAUCAAAGUUAAGAAGAAUCGAAAGAAGGAAAAGACGGGGUUAAAGGCUUUUAAAUCUGACGAGAAGUCUGAAAAAAGCCGUAUUAAGGAUAAAGAGAAAAAAUCAAAACAGAAAAACGAUGAACUUAAAAACGGAGAGAUAUCAAGUGAAAUAGAUUCCAAAGAUUUAGAUUUAGAAAGCGAUGUAGAUUCAAAAGAAACACAUACGUCUAAGAAAAUUCCUGCAUUUAUAGAUGAUAAAGAUAUAGAAUCGUUGGAUGGUUUAAAAGAUAAAAUAAGCGAGAGGAGGCGAGAGGAGAAAUUGAAAAAUGAGAAGGAGAAACAGAAGAAAACUGGAAAAAACGACCUUCACAAUAUGUAUUCAAAAAAAGUGCCUUCAAAUGGUAGUACCUUUCAUGACAGCGAUAAAUCCAGCGUAAAACGACCAAAGUUGAAAAAGGGAAUAAAAGAAGAAAAAGUUCCUAUCAUGGAAGAUCCUGUCAAGACUCAAGACCAAGAAGUCGCUGAGACUAAGAAAGUAAAAUUAGCUCAGUCGAAACAUACCAAAGGAUUUGGAAAAGAAGAAAGCUCCAUGCAAGCAUUGAAUCAGGCAACAGAACAGACGCUUCAUGAUAUCAACAAAUGGUUAGAUGACGCACCAAGACUCUCUGAAUUUUCUUCAGGAAGUGAUUCUCCAAUAUUUCAUUCUUCGUCCGUCGAAUCUGGCCGAUCAGGUCCAAAAGUAGAAGCACCAAGGAAACGACCAAGUUCCAUCAAAAUCUUCGGUCCUCACGGACCUAGCAGGCCCAAAAAGAUCCAACGUACGAUAGAUCGCUUACAACCUGGAAAAAGUAAGGGAAAUUUGCUUCUAAAAAAACCAUUGAACUUACCUAACGUUAAUGCUGCUGAAAUGACCAUGCAAUUGACCAGCGACAACGAUCAAACAAACAAGAACACGGACGAAGAACCAAAACUUAGUUUAGGGACUGUUUUGAAAAAUGUGGAUUCCAUACAGUUAAUUUGUAAAAGUUUAGUUUCCUCGCCCAAUCCCAAUUUUUCUAACGACGAUGAAGAAGAAGACCACAAUACUCUUCCUGCAGUUCCGGUGUCUAGUCUUAGAGAAGAGAAAACAUCCGGAAUAACGACAACGCAAACACCUGCCAUUGUAGAAGAGUCUAAAGAUAAUCAAUCUGACGCGAAGGACACGCAGAAGCCCAAAACAGCAACACCAAAUUUGAGUGCUUGGUUUAAAGCAUUCGGAGCGCCAAAGUCGAAGAAGAAAGACGAAGAGUCGGAGGACGGUAUAACGAAGAAGGAUGGUGAAUUGCAGGAAGUGUUUUGUGGUAGACAAAGAAGAAUGAGUACCGGUGGCAGUAGUGUAAGUGAAUCUGUUUCGAGUUUCUCCCAGGAGUCACCACCUGGACGUUCAGGUCGAUCUCCGCAAGGUCAACCGAUAAUGGCUUCGGUCGAGCCACAGAUUAGAGGAGCCGGAUUCUAUCAGGACGCUUUAUCAACGGGAAGUAGCCCUUACAAUAGUCCCUAUUAUGCUACACCUCCAAGAUACAGCGCUCAAUUACCCCCCACUCCAUCCCCACAAAAUCAUCCGUUAUCUCCAGCCUAUCCAUCAUCAUCGUACGAACAGGCGCCUCUUUAUUCCCAGAUACCGACCCAACAGUCGCAUCAAACGUUUCAGAAAUCACCUCAAGAAAAUUCUGGGGAGAUAUAUCAUCAGUUAUCACCCACAUUUCCUCAGCGAUCUCCUCAAACUAAUUUUCCUCAGAAUUCGACACAAAACGAGUCAUAUAAUCAACCAUUGCAAUCUUCUAAUCAGAGUCAAUCUCCUGUUUAUUCACAGCAUUCACCACAACCCAUACAACAGAUAUAUCCUCAACCUUCUCCGCAGCCACCACCAUCGAAUUAUUCUCAACCAUCUCCUCAGCAACCAUCUACUCCUAAAUAUUCACAACUAUCUCCGCAACAAAAUGCUGCCAAUUAUUCUCAGCCAUCUCCGCAAGCUGCUAAUUAUUCUCAACCUUCGCCUCAGCAACCGCAUUCUCCUUACUCUCAGGCCUCUCCCCAAGCACCGCCAAAUUAUUCUCAACCAUCUCCACAACAACAACCUUCUCCAUAUGCACAAUCUCCACAGCAGUCGUCUGGAUACUCCCAGAUGUCUCCUCAACCACCACCAUCAAAUUAUUCUCAACAAUCGCCACAACCACCUUCCAAUUACUCUCAACAAUCGCCACAACCACCUUCCAAUUAUUCUCAGCCAUCACCACAACCACCAUCCAAUUAUUCUCAAGCAUCACCUCAACCACCUUCCAAUUAUUCUCAACCAUCGCCACAGCCACCUUCCAAUUAUUCUCAGCCAUCGCCACAGCCACCUUCCAAUUAUUCUCAGCCAUCGCCACAGCCACCUUCCAAUUAUUCUCAGCCAUCGCCACAGCCACCUUCCAAUUAUUCUCAGCCAUCGCCACAGCCACCUUCCAAUUAUUCUCAGCCAUCGCCACAGCCACCUUCCAAUUAUUCUCAGCCAUCGCCACAGCCACCUUCCAAUUAUUCUCAGCCAUCGCCACAGCCACCUUCCAAUUAUUCUCAGCCAUCGCCACAGCCACCUUCCAAUUAUUCUCAGCCAUCGCCACAGCCACCUUCCAAUUAUUCUCAGCCAUCGCCACAGCCACCUUCCAAUUAUUCUCAGCCAUCGCCACAGCCACCUUCCAAUUAUUCUCAGCCAUCGCCACAGCCACCUUCCAAUUAUUCUCAGCCAUCGCCACAGCCACCUUCCAAUUAUUCUCAGCCAUCGCCACAGCCACCUUCCAAUUAUUCUCAGCCAUCGCCACAGCCACCUUCCAAUUAUUCUCAGCCAUCGCCACAGCCACCUUCCAGUUAUUCUCAACCAUCGCCACAGCCACCUUCCAAUUAUUCUCAGCCAUCGCCACAGCCACCUUCCAAUUAUUCUCAACCAUCGCCACAGCCACCUUCCAAUUAUUCCCAGCCAUCGCCUCAACCUCCUCCAGUGUAUUCUCAACAGUCUCAAUCUUCAAAUUUCUCACAUCCAUCACCUCAGACACAUUCUGCCAGCUACACGCAAUCUUCACCUCAACCUCUCACAACAGGUUACUCCCAGCCAUCGCCUCAACCUCGAAACUAUUCUCAACCUUCGCCUCAACAAAUCCAAACUUUUCCUCAACAUUCCCCACAAGCACCGCCUUCAUACUCUCAACCUUCUCCUCAGAAUGCAGCAUAUUCACAGCCUCAACAAUCGCCUCAGCAACCAGUUAAGUAUUCUCAGCCUUCUCCUCAACAACCUGCCAAUUACUCACACUCGAUACACUCGCCUCAAACGCCACAAAAUUAUUCGCAGUUGUCUCCUCAGCAACCUCCGCCAAGCAACUACUCUCAGCCUUCACCAUCGCCUCAGCAAUCCCGAAACUACUCUCAAACGUCUCCAUCGCCUCAGCAGUCCCGUAACUAUUCCCAACCAUCACCAUCUCCUCAACAAUCACAUACUUACACUCAACCAGCGCCAUCGCCUCAGCAAACCCGCAAUUACUCUCAACCGUCACCCCAGCAAAAGUCCGCAUGCACAUCACAGGCGUCGCAAUCUUCGCAACAGCCUUCGAAUUACUCGCAACCGUCUCCACAACAAAGUACAAACUACAGUCUACAGCAACCACAACCACAAUCACAAAAGAGCGCAGAAGAUUAUCCACAAGCUGCGUCGACGCCUUCAAAUUAUUCUCACGGAUAUAAACAGAACCAUUCGUAUAUUCAGUCUUCAGUAUCGUCAACAUUAAACGAAACAGAACACCGGACUGAUUACUUGAAAUCUAGUACUACAGAGAAGUCUUCGAGCACGGAGCAGCAGAGGAAUUUUGCUGUACCACCGGAGGCUGCAUCGUUAAACCUAAAUGCGAAUCAUCAGAUUUAUCAGUCACCAAACCAGUACCCACCAACGUUUGGCAAUAACUAUCCUAAUAUCGACCUCCAGAGGUCUGUUUCGAGGCACGGCGGUCAGGAACAGUCACAACAACAGCAACAAACGUCCCAGGAGCGGCCUAGUUUCACCGACCUUAGCAAUUCUCUGAACGCUCAGAAGUACGCUCAACAGCGGUCGUUCCUUGGUAAAACGUCGAGUACCAGCGAACAGCUCUCAACGCAAGAUCAGUCGCAAAUCCUAGCAUUCCAACAAAAUCUGACGACUCAUGAAUCUCUUUAUCCUAGUGGUUUCCAAUCGUCUGGUUAUCCGAUGCCAAAUUCUAGACCCGUGUAUCCAAGUCCACAUUACUUCGAUGCCAGUUCAAAGGCUGCGACUAACAGCGGACCGGUGAAUAGCUCGACCAGUAAUUUGCCUCCAGUGAAGAAACGAAUUUACAAUGAAUCGUCUACAGAGGCGUCUCGCGGUUUGACGCAGGAAACGGCAGCGAGAACGGGCCAGGAACAAUUUAGCUUCGACCCCAUAAUGGCAUUGCCGCAACCUGAAGCAGUUUCAGCUAGUCAAUUCGACACUGCGUUUGUCGGCAACCUAGCCGAUUCCGUAGCGACGAAUCCAGCGUAUGCACGUCUAGGCCUAGGUUUGGUCAGCCGUACUGGUAAAGAACAACAACAGUUGUUGACCAUUCCUCGACCACCACAGACGAAGCCAGAACACCUGGCGUACGCCCGUAGUCCAGCAUCCGGCGCAGCGGAAAUAGAUCUGAACUUGCUUCAAAGUUUGCAGACGGCAGCAGCGAAGAAUACACAGGGUAUUCUGUCAAUGUCGUCGUCUCGCAGAGGUGGAGAAGCGUCUAGUAGUUCUACGUCGACACCUGUGAAAACGAAAAAGAGCAGAAAGAGCAAACAGCAACAGCAAGAGCAACAAAACGUAACAAGCGUCUCGUCGGCGGUUAGCACGGAACCACAAUCUGGUACAGGUAUACCUGGUUUUCCACAAUACACGGGAACAUCAGCUGACUCGAUUGGUCUAAAGAAUACCACGAUGGUUCCACCAGCUGGGAGUGCCUUUAAUUUCGCUGCGUCAACCAGUACCACGACCAGUUCACCUUUCUACGAUAAAGACGCAUCAGCUGCAGCGGCUGCGUUCGCAUUUUUGGAUGAAUUUCGGAAUCCAAAUAGUUACUAUAGCAUGGCGCUCAGGCAACAGCAGCAACAACAACAACAGCAAGUUCCGCCAGUUACGGACGCCACGCAACAAGCCUGUAACAAGCUUAGCAAUCAACCGCCGAGAAAUUAUCCGCCUCACCCUUUCCUUCAUUCCGCUCAGAGAUCAGCAGCUUACGGGCCUCCUGUGUCUGCUUAUGUAACGCCUCAUGGGCCAAACUUAACGAUGGAUCCGACCGCUUAUCAACAGUACAUUCAUUCCCUGUACGCGCUUCAACCGCCGCCCCAUCAUCAUCGACCGUCCUGGCUUUAGCCGUUAAAAUCUUUGUAAUGGGCGUUUUGGAAUGAUUGUAUGUGACAUUUCGGUGGAUAUACCGUCCCCAUCGAGAAGCUGGAGGAAAUGAUAUUUCGAAUAUGUUAUCUGUUGAUAGCAGUGGCAGUAGAUUUCUGUUUUACCGAACAAGUUGCGUUAGUGUUUUAUUCACCAUUCGGGUGAAAUGCGAUAAAAAAUUUUAUCGCGAUUGUAAAUAUUGUUUCGUCUAACUUUAUCUCGCUCUUCAAUCGUAAUCAAGACUUUCUUCUUUCUAGGGAAAAGGAAACGGUAUCGAUAUUUUUCCCCUUUAAUCCAUGUGACUAGGCAUGAAGUCCUUGUGUAUUAUAGAAUGAUAAUGACCUUCCUAAUUUUUUUCUUUUUCUUUUUUGAUGAAGCAAUUUAUUUAUUUUUCGUUUAUACACGUAUAAUUCAGAAUGACUUCUUUUAUUUUCAUUAACAACCUUUUUAUUUUUUUUUUUUUUUUAAGAAAAAUCUCGGUACUGUGAUAAGGGUGGAAGGCUGUACUGAUUACUAUAUCCCUUGAGAUUGUCGAUGCACUACAGACUCGUGAAAGGUCAAACAGUAAAAAAGAAUGCGGUGCAAGAUUUUCGAUCAUUUAUUUUUUCUGAUCUCUCUCUUCUUUCUCCUUUUUUUCUUUUAUAAAUAUUAUUUUACUGAUUGACUAGCGAAUAACGGGUUUUUAAAAGCUCUCUGCGAGAUCAGGAUGUGUGGUCUUUCCACCGGCUUGUCUUUCCCAUUCGCGUUUGUUUCCUUUUUUAUUAAAAACCAUACGGAUCUUUGAAAUUUUUACACGAUAUAUCAGAACGAAAAUAGUUUACCUUUACAAGGGUAUCCUAUUAUGUAGUCAUAUGUACAUAAAGAAUAAGCCUACUUAUUGUAGGAAUUUUUGAUAGUUUUUUUUCUAAUAACUAGUCGACAGCUUAGACGUAAGUUGAGUCGCUAGUAGCUGGAAGUAACCUUCUAUCAAAAGUUCCUCUUAUCUAUCGCGCUCUCGAUGGCGUCUCGUUUUGUUUCUUAAUCUAUAUUGAGAUACGGAUUAUGCAAUAUUCGUUUUUUUUUAACGUAAAAAAAAAAGAAAAAUGAUGGCCCAUUUCAUAAGUGUGCUCGUAAUUGUCUUGCCUGUGGAAAAUACAUUGUUCCCUCUCUUUUGUGUUCAAACAAAUAAAAAAUAAGAAAAAAUUUACUAGACAUGCAAGAAACAUAUAGAGAGAGUAUACGUGACGUCUGAUUUUCAAAAGAUUUCUGUAUGAUAUCGAGCGCACUGUUGCUGGCGUAUCUUGUGUAGAGUAUAUAGAUUCAUUAGUAUGUAAGCUAGAACAUUUGUUUCUUUGUAUAUAAAAUACAUAUCUCCUUCAUAGACGAUGUGCUCGAUGUAAAGAAAGAUUUACAAAGUCAAUGACCUUGUAGAAUCGUCUGCGGUAGAUUAAAAAGAAGAUGAAUAAAAACACAAUGGGAAAUUGUAGGGACAUAGACAAGGAUGAAAGAUGUAUGUACAUCGUGUGUAUGUGUGAGCGGACAUGAGUGUGCGUCGUAUUUCAUGGUCGAGGACGAAAUAAAGUGUAAUACGCCGCAAUCAUACAUUAACCCACCUUAUUGCUAAAAAACAGAAGGAAGCGGAAUAUUAAAAACUUAUAAAUAUAUACAUAUAUAUAUAUAUAUAUAUAUUGUAAAUGUAUAUUGUAAAUGUAUCUGAUGACAGAUUAAAGCACAGUUUGUUACAAA